UGGAUGAGAGGGAUAGAGAUAGAGGCUGCUCUGCCUUUCAUACAACACAACGUCGCAGUCACUAAUUAGUAUGCUAAUAAUUAACGAUAGUCGCUUUCAGUACAAGAAGUAACUUUUAAAUCAGUUAGGAUACUUCGUUUUUGCAUGAAAGGACGCGCGAGCGAGCAGCAACCUGACAACUAGCCUACAAUUUGAGAUUUGAAAGGUUGUAACAGUAGUAUCCCUGCAGCAGCCAAGUUGCAUGCAAAAUAGCCUUAUUGAGCCGAGGCUCGGACUACUGCACAUCACACUGGAGAGUCUCUUCGCUUCCAAGAACAAGGAUGAACAGGAGAAACUGAGGUGGAUCAUCUCAAGUGUUGUGGCUCUGGUGUGAUAAAUGUCAGCCUGUCCUGAUAUUUGUAUGGGUCUUUCUCCUCAACCAAAGAUCUCUCCUGGCAGACUGAACAAACGAGUCGACUCUCUGCCUGUCCUCAGUCAACUUGUGGUCUGACGGCACUCACCGACAUCAAAGCUCUCCGUUCUUCUUGCUGUCUCCUCCUUCUGCUUCAAUUAAGAGUGGGGGAUGUCUGUUUUCUAACACCUCUCAGCCUGCUUAUCUUCUCGAUCUUUACAUCUGCGACCAACACUGGACAUGGAGGACUAUGAUGUUCGCUCGGCUGCCAGCAUCCUGGCCUCAGUGAAAGAGCAGGAGGCGCGUUUUGAGCAACUGACCCGAGCCCUUGAGGAGGAGCGUCGUAACGUCUCCCUGCAGCUAGACCGUGCCAACCUGCCUCCCAACACCCCAACCAGCCAACCGCUAGCAUGGCAGCAGCUGGUGAUGCAGGAGCAGAGCCCCAGCAACGCCACAUCCCUGUCUAUGAUGCAGGAGCCGCAGGAGGUGGUGGAGGAGACUGUCACCAUAGAGGAGGACCCCGGCACCCCCACCUCCCACGUCUCGGUGGUCACCUCUGAUGACGGCACCACACGGCGCACAGAAACCAAGGAUAUCUCAUCUAACGUGAAGGUGACUAAGAUGGUAAAGACGGUGACCACACGGACAGUGCGUCAGGUGCCUCUGGGCCCCGAUGGCUUGCCGCUGCCUGAGGGCUCGUCCCCACUAGGCAGCUACACCGACUCUAUCGACCGGCGCUACAUGAAGAAUGGAGGUGACCGCUUCAUCACGCCUCAAGCAACCUCCACCCUGACGCGCUCCUAUAACAACUCCUACAACGAUUCAUACGGCGAGACACCCGAGAGCCAGUACAUUCGCCACUACGGCCUGCACGAUGGCUACGCUGAUUUGACGGAAAACUACGGCAGCCUGUCACGGGGCGUCAACUUCCGACCGCCGCGCUACCCCUACCUGCCCAACAGCUACCGGCCGGAGAACAGCUACACGCUGCCUAUUCGCAAGGAUGACUACGGCCAUGUGGCCCAGCCCCAGGUGCCUAUGGGUAGCAGCACUGUGGAUCUGAACCGCUCGCAGCCUGAGCGCUUCCAGGCCGAGCCAUAUGGCUUGGAGGAUGAUCGCCGCAGCCUGCCCCCUGAAGAGGAGGAGCCAUACGAGCUGGAGCCAGACUACUCCACAGCCAACCGCCGCACCUUGCAGGGGCCCAACCGGGGUCGCACCCACCGGGAACCUCUUCGUGAUGUUCCCCGAGUCAGAGGGUACCCAGACGAAGCCAUCGAGGCAGAGCUGAUCGAUGAGCGCCACCCCUAUAUCCAUGGCAUGUAUUCAGCGCCGCUGGCCCAGCCAGAGAGGGGGAGCAUGGCCAGCCUGGACCGCAUGGGCGGCCGGCGUUCACCAUCCAUUGACAGCAUCCGCAAGGACCCGCGCUGGCGGGACCCAGACCUCACAGAGGUCAUCGCCAUGCUGGGCCACCCCAUUGACCCGGUCAAGUCCAACGCCGCUGCCUACCUGCAGCACCUGUGCUAUGAAAACGACAAGAUUAAGAAGGAUGUGCGUCAGCUGAAAGGGAUUCCUGUUCUGGUGAGCCUUCUGGACCACCCCAAAUCUGAAGUCCAUCGCAAGGCUUGUGGUGCCCUGCGCAACAUCUCCUACGGCAAGGACAAUGACAACAAGGUGGCCAUCAAGAUAUGUGAUGGCAUCCCGGCCCUCGUCCGCCUGCUGAGGAAGACCAACGACAUGGAAGUUCGAGAACUCAUCACCGGAACCUUGUGGAAUCUGUCGUCCUAUGAACCCCUGAAGAUGGUGAUCAUCAACCACGGCCUGCAGACCCUGACCAACGAGGUCAUCAUCCCCCACUCGGGCUGGGAGCACGAGCCCAACGAGGACUCAAAGCCGCGCGACGCCGAGUGGACCACCGUCUUCAAGAACACGUCCGGCUGCCUCAGAAAUGUGAGCUCAGACGGGGCGGAGGCUCGGCGCAGACUGAGGGAAUGCGAGGGAUUGGUGGACGCCCUGCUGCACGCUCUCCAAUCAGCUGUAGGGAAGAAAGACAUGGACAACAAGUCUGUGGAGAACUGUGUCUGUAUUAUGAGGAACCUGUCCUACCACGUCCACAAAGAGGUGCCGGGGGCCGAAAGGUUCCUGGACCCCUCAGCGCCACAGGCCCCCGGCUCAGCAGGACCACAGAGGAAGAAAAAGGAUGACGCCGGCUGCUUCGGUGGCAAGAAGGCCAAAGAGGAAUGGUUUAAUCAAGGCAGGAAAAACGGUGACAACGACAAAAACUACGACACAUUGGAUCUGCCCAAACGCUCAGAGCCGACAAAAGGCUUCGAGCUGCUGUAUCAGCCAGAAGUGGUGAGGCUCUACCUGUCUCUGCUGACGGAGAGUCAGAACUACAACACCCUGGAGGCCGCCGCAGGAGCUCUGCAGAACCUCAGCGCUGGACAGUGGACCUGGUCCAACUACAUCCGAGCCACGGUGCGUAAGGAGAAAGGUCUUCCCAUCCUGGUGGAGCUGCUGCGCUCCGACUCCGACAAGGUAGUCCGAGCCGUGUCCAUCGCCCUGCGCAACCUGUCCAUCGACCGCCGCAACAAGGACCUGAUUGGAAGUUAUGCCAUGCGGGACUUGGUGAGCAACCUGCCGAGCGGCCAGCAGCGGCCAGCCAAAAACCUGGAGGAGGACACUGUGGUCGCCAUCCUCAACACCAUCCACGAGAUUGUCACCGACAGCUCUGAAAACGCCCGCUCCCUCGCACAGGCGCAGGCCAUCGAGAAGCUGGUCGCCAUCAACAGGACCAGCCAAUCAGCUCGUGAAACCAAGGCGGCGUCCCACGUGCUGCAAACCGUGUGGAGUUAUAAGGAGCUGAGGAACGCUUUGACCAAGGACGGCUGGAACAAAAGUCACUUCCAGCCCACGUUGACAGCCACCCCUAAACCAACCAAGAACGGCAAGCCAGGCUACGACGACACCACCCUACCCCUGAUGGAGAAGAACCAAGGCACCAGGAAAUGUGGCAGUGGUGAUAUGAUACCUAUGGAUGAGCUGGGUCCAGAUGGUUACUCCACCAUUGACCAGAGGGACAAGGACCUCAAAUACAAGACCGUGGACGGCUCAGUGGACCAGACAGAGCGGGAGCCAUUAAAGAAUGACACAAAUAGGAAACACUAUAUCAGGAGUAACAGGCCUGCGGUCAGUCUGGUGGACGCUUGUGAUGUUAAGCCCCAGCCUGUUGACUCCUGGGUCUAAGUGCAUGCAUGGCUUAACACGAGGACCGUGCACCACCCAGCUGCAGGAGGAUCUCUCAUAUCACCACUGCCAUUUCACAUGGAGCUCAUCUUUGGAGUUGGACUUUGUACAGAAAAGAGGAUUUAAAAUAAAUAGAAAUCACGAUCACAGCAGCAACUACCCAGCAGCAGCCAGCAUUCUCAUGCUUUUCAGAAAAAAAGAGGAAAACAAGAAUAAAAAGUGACUCCUACUUUCUCACAUCUACAUUCCCACUGGAUCGUGUGAACAGUGUUGCCUCUUGUUGAGUGACAGGGAACGGACAGAGGCCGGUGCUGGUGGAGGAACGGACGUAUGAAGGGCGGACAAAGUGUGGCGAAGGAAGUGAAAGGAAAAAGAACGUGUGCUGGAAGGAAACCUGGGAGAAGAAAUGCACUUUUCACAUCUGGAAGAAGUUCAUACCUUCAACUUUUGUGGGUUUUGGAGAAUUUAACUUUGAGUUUGUUGUCAACGUUUGGUAUUUCGAUGUGAACGGGUGUGGACUGGUGUGUUCGAAGGUCACAGGAUGUUUGUUUCCAGAUUGGUGGGAUGGACACAAGAAAGUGAAAGUAAAAGGAGGGAAGUGGAGCCCGAGAAGAGCUGUAGCGUAGUGGACAAACACGUGCUCGCAUACACUUACAGCUCAUUUAGUUCACUGUGUUUAUUUAACAAAGAUGCACUGAGAUGCUUUGAAAUCAAAAGUGAUUGAUGUCCAUUUAUAAAGUGAGGAGUGGGCAAGUUGUGUUCUGGAGACAGGAAGGAGACAGAGUGUGCGUAUGAGAGUAACAGUUUCUGUUCGCACUGCAUCGCAAAAAGGAAGCUGAAAUGGAAACAAAGUGUUUGUGUUUGUGUCCGUACAGAGCUGUGGUUACUUGUGUAAUCCUUCAGGGGGUGUGGUGACGCAGCUUCAUGACUUCCUGGCUGGUUGCUCUUUGUCAACGAUGUGUAUUAAAGAGGAUUUAAGGCGUUUUGUUUAUAAAGGAUUUGUGUUUUUGAACAGAGAGGCGGACGAUUGUUCUCUUGUUGAAAGGAUAGAUCUCAAAAUAAAAAAAGUUCUUUUGGUCGGGUUUUAUAUAAAUGUAUAUUAGGGGUCACAAGGAAAAAUGACAAAACAAAAAUUACCAACUUCUUAGUUGUAUAUUAAUAUCACGUUGUUUGGAAAGCACAUCUCAUUUGAUAAAGGCUCGCCAUGUUUGUAAACCAGAAAUAACCACGUAACUGAAAUGUGUGUCAAAUAUUGUCGAGUUAACGCCGAUGAUCACCUAUUUAUAUUUUGUAUUUGUCAAAAGAAAUACAGAAACAAAGUUUAUGUGCAGUGUUCUUUCUAAAGUCUUGGAGCGGACACUCUGCAGGGGUCAGAGGUCAGACAACGGGAUACACAAAGAGACGCCGUGUUAAUAAAAGUUCCUUUUCAUUCUGCAUUCAGAACAAGUUACCGCCAAACUCUAAACCCUCCUUCACCGGUGCAUCUAAAAGAGAAACAUUCAGUCGUGCGCAUGAAGAAAAACUGUACAGAUGUUUAUAUUCUAUUCUUUCCAAGUGCCAGUUUUUUGUGGUGUCAUUUGGAUAUUAACUCAUUCAUUCACGUGCGAGACGAGGGAGCAGGAGGACGAGGGGAUCUGGAUGCUCGAGGCAUCACACUGUACAAAUCUAAACAUCAAGUUCGGUCAUAUAGUAUAUAUUUUUACAAGCUUUUAGGGUGGGCAGUUGAGAUGAAGAAAAGCAGAGAGAUACAGAAUCAGAUUGCCAUUUUUCUCUCGCUUGGUGAGACUGCACACCGACUCCAGUGAGAACGCGUUCAGUCGACUUUCCGGCCUCAGUCUGUCCCAGAGAAGGAAAGAGAAUCCAAGUCACUCGUGUGAUCAAGGCGAAUGGCAUGCGCCUGCGUUGAAGUUUGAUUUUUCUUUGUGACGUAUGUGACUUUAUAAAGCUUGCAUAUUUUACACAGUGUUUACAAAGAUGUAUGUUGUGGUAAAAAUCAAUAAACUACAAAAAAACUUACUGUAUAAAUUUAAUUUCAGAGGUUUAAAGAAAAAAAAAAAAGUUAUAAUAAUACCCAGCAUCCCUUUCGUGUGUCCUCAGAAGUGUGUGCUCUCAUUGGACAAUACUGAACCCUUGCAACAAAGACCCGUAUGACUGUCUGUCCCUGACUGCACUACGCAGCACCCCAACCAAAGGAUCGGGAGUUGUCUUUACAUGCAUUUAUAAAAAAAUAAAGGGGGGGGGGGGAGGUUUGGUUUUGUGGAUGUACAGCGCAUUGUACGUUUACAAAAUAAAGAGCCAAGCAACUGUGCUGUAAAUAAAGGCAGGACUGGGACACACAUCGGAUCAAAUGAACCUACCUGUAGAUAAAACAUAAAGUAACUGUACUACUCAGUAGCAGAUGUGUUUGUACCUAUCAUGUGCCUUAACCUUUUCCAUGGUAGAUAAAGUGUUUUAUAUUCCUCCCUCUCAACCGUCAUCUCUCCAUCCUCUAUUUCACCCUCCCUCUCUUUUUCUUCCACUCAACUCACUCAUCCACUCAUCCUGCACCCCCCCCCCCAACCCCAAGUAGUAUAGACUGUUGGUGGGUUCCUGCCUUGUGUUACAUUGUAUUAUAAACUUUUAAAAAGAUAGAGUCAUUCAAAUAAUGCUUUUGAUUUCCUAGAGGAGUAAAGUUGUUGAUGCUUUGGUAGCGAGCAGAGGCGAUGCCACAGUGACAGAAUGUAUUAUGUUAAUUUUACUAAUACCCAGAGGCUAAAUAUUACGCUUGUUAAACAUAACGGAAAAAUACUGGUUUGUAGAGUAUACAUUUGGUGUGUUUUCAAUAAAUCAUGCCUGGAAAGAA